CCAAAAUUCCAUUGAAACAUCUCUUCGUUCUCUUUUGGGCUUACCACCAUUUCUCUCUUUUAAAUUUUCAUUUUUUUUAUUCCUAAACAUCUCUGCAAUCACAAGACCCAUUCCUAACAAAGCAAAAAUCUAUCCUUUCUCCGGUUUAAUUUUCUCGCAUUUUCUCUUCCUUUCUCUCAGAAAAUUUUCUCAUCUCUCUUCCGCAUGCCGUAACAAAAGUUUUUUGUCUCUCUAAUAUUUUCCUCGGGAUUCUCUUGUGAUUCAGAACUACAUUUAUUGCCCUGUAGAUGCAUAUCUGUAGAGAGAGAAAGUGAGAGCCAGUGUUUGGUAGUUGGGAUUCGAGAGAGAGAGAGAGAGAGAGAGAGAGAAUCGAAGAGUUGAGUUGGAAAAAGGUUUGAGGUAUUGGAGUUGAAUGGCGGAAAUUGGAGUGAAAUGGAGGGUUUUGAGAUCGAUAUCGUUGAUAUCGUGGAAUUUUUUAUUAGCAUCAGUGCUUGUUGCAGCUGAAAGAAGCUUGAAACAGCAAUCAUCAACCUAUACCCCUGCCCAAGAAGCAUCAGGAUCAGAUUAUUUUUCACAGUUUGUGAAUUUCUUGUGGCAAUCGAAUGAAUCUGGGUACCAACAUGUUUGGCCUGAGAUGGAAUUCAAUUGGCAAAUUGUUUUGGGUACUAUAAUUGGAUUCUUUGGAGCAGCAUUUGGGAGUGUAGGUGGUGUUGGUGGUGGUGGAAUAUUUGUUCCUAUGCUUAGCCUAGUUAUCGGGUUUGAUCAAAAAUCAGCAACUGCAAUAUCAAAAUGUAUGAUCAUGGGUGCAGCAAUCUCCUCUGUCUACUACAAUCUUAAGCUCAGGCAUCCUACACUUGAUAUGCCAGUCAUUGACUAUGACUUGGCACUGCUUGUCCAACCAAUGCUCAUGCUGGGCAUUAGCGUUGGUGUUGCUUUCAAUGUGAUUUUCGCUGACUGGAUGGUCACCGUUCUACUAAUUAUUCUCUUCAUAGGCACAUCAACCAAGGCCUUUUUCAAGGGUGUUGAUACAUGGAAGAAAGAAACAAUAAUGAAAAAGGAGGCUGCUAAGCUUUUGGAGGCAAAUGGUAAUGGUCAUGAGGGAGCAGAAUACAAGCUCCUUCCUGAUGGCCCAAGCAAUGGCACCAAAAAGGAAUCCAAUGGGACUACAGAACGAGAGGUCAGCAUAAUUGAGAAUGUUUACUGGAAGGAGCUUGGGCUUCUUUUUUUCGUGUGGAUUGCAUUCCUUGUACUGCAGAUCACCAAGAACUAUACAGCCACUUGUUCAACAGCAUAUUGGGUCUUGAACUUAUUGCAGAUCCCAGUUUCUGUUGCGGUAACUUUGUACGAGGCAAUUGGGCUGUACAAGGGGAAAAGACAGAUUUCAUCAAGAGGACAUACAGGCACUAACUUGAAAGCACACCAGCUGAUCUUGUACUGCUCCUGUGGCGUACUGGCUGGUAUAGUUGGUGGACUGCUUGGCUUAGGUGGAGGAUUUAUUUUAGGUCCAUUGUUUUUGGAGCUGGGAGUCCCUCCUCAGGUUUCAAGUGCUACAGCCACCUUUGCAAUGACCUUCUCCUCAUCAAUGUCUGUCAUAGAAUAUUAUCUUCUAAAACGUUUUCCGGUACCCUAUGCUCUUUACUUUGUUGCUGUGGCAACUGUUGCUGCUUUUAUUGGGCAACAUGUUGUACGGAAAUUGAUCAUUAUACUGGGAAGGGCAUCCUUAAUCAUCUUCAUUCUGGCUAUCACGAUCUUCGUAAGCGCAAUCUCCCUAGGUGGGGUAGGCAUAUCGAACAUGAUUGGGAAGAUUAAGCAACACGAAUACAUGGGUUUCGAGGACCUCUGCAAAUACGAUGCUUAAUUUGUCGUCAUCACCUCUUCUUUUCUCCUCUCACAUUUAAUAGGAUUCCCAAGUGUCAUAAUGAGGCGGGCUCAGUAUACAAAUCGGCCUCGUGCCGUUAUGCACGUUUGUGGGACAAAUGAAUGAUUGCAUUGAUUCAGCUCCACUGAAAAUUCAGUAUGUUUGCUUUCAUAUGCUUUCAGUGUCUUUCUGUACGAAAAAAUUCUGCUGUAUUUGGAGCUGCAGUAAGAAAGAUACAAAAGGAGUGUUUUCAGUGUUUUUUUGUUUUUUGUUUUCGUAUUUUUGGGUUCUUACAUGGAAUGGAACUUUUGAAUAAUUGUAAUAAUUUAUUGUUUGACCCUUGAAAAUUCAAUUGAUUCAACUUUUGAGUUUUAUAUUUCACCAUCACCCUCUUGUGGUUA